AAAACACGGGGGUGCCAUACUGUCAUUUAUUGCGUACUUUCUUCCUCGUUUGCAACACCCAUCACUUGUCAAUGUUCCAUGCUUGCCCCCACAAAAGUUGAUGCUGCCCUUGGCGCCAUUUUCCUCUUCCUCCUCGCCAAAUUGGCCACCAGGAAGCGGAAUCGUGGCCGUCUACCACCCGGCCCAAGAGGGUUACCCUUGAUUGGCAAUUUACUGGAUGUACCAUCCAAGAACGUCUGGUUCACCUUCGUCGCCUUGGGCAAGAAAUACGGCGACAUAUCUUCGUUUACAAUACUGGGACAGCGAUUCAUCAACAUCAACUCAGCAGAGGUAGCGCAGGAUCUCACCGAGAGGCGCGGCACCCAAUAUGCGACGCGCAUGCGUUUCAUCAUGGGCGGUGAGCUGUGUGGAUGGGAUAAGACCCUCGUCGUGAGCCCCUACGGCGGCCGCUGGCGCACGUACCGGAAAUAUUUUCAUCAAGAGAUAGGCACUCGACUGAGCUUUGACGAGUUCACGCCCUUCGUUGCGUACGGGACCUUGCAAAUGGUUCAUGCCAUCUUGGACAACCCUGAUAAUUUAGAGUACCACGUACGAAGGGCCGCUGCGGCCACCAGUCUCCGUAUAUCCCAUGGAUACGAUGUCGCAGAGCAAGGACGCGACCCACUCGUUGAACUUGCGGACAAGGCAUUGAGCCAGCUUUCUGAGGCGACUGCGACGGGAGCUUACCUCGUUGACGUCAUGCCGAUCCUCAGGUACAUCCCAUCCUGGGUUCCCGGUGCCGGGUUCCAGAAGACGGCAAAGUUUUACGCCAGGACUCUUAAUAAUGUCGUCGACCGUGCACACUAUUUUACCAAGGGGCAGAUGGCGGCGGAGAGUGCUCCAAAGUCAUUCACCAAACGAGUACUCGAGAGCAGCGACGGGACGCAUGAGGAAGAAGAACUUGUCAAGUGGGCAGCGGCCUCAAUUUAUCUUGGUGGCUCUGAUACAACCGUCUCGGCAAACUAUGCCUUCUUCCUUGCCAUGACCCUCUACCCCGAGGUACAGAAAAAGGCACAGGCCGAACUGGAUACAGUCGUUGGCACGGACAGACUCCCCACUCUUUCUGAUCGGGGUUCGCUCCCGUAUCUCGAGGCAGUAGUCUCGGAGGUGCUCCGAUGGAACGUGGUCGGUCCACUCACUGUACGAACAGUGGACAAGGACGAGUUCUACGGCGACUAUCACUUCCCAGCUGGGUCCAAUGUGAUCUUCAAUAUCUGGAGCUACCUACACGACGAACGGGUGUAUCACAAACCGAUGGAGUUCAUUCCGGAGCGUUUCAUUGGCGCUAAUCCAGAAACAGAUCCCCGACACGCGUGUUUUGGCUUUGGAAGGAGAAUAUGUCCUGGUCAACAGCUAGCCGAAGCAUCCGUCUGGCUUACAUGCGCCCUCUCCCUGGCGGCUCUCAAGAUAUCCAAAGCCCUUGACGAGAAUGGUCUGGAAAUCACACCUAAGUUUGAAACGGUUGGUGGGUCCAUAACUCACCCCGCGCCCUUCAAAUGCGCAAUCACUCCUCGGACUGAAUCAGUACGGCCUUUAGUGCAGAAAAACGUUGAGCUGCUUCGACCGUGAUCAACAUUACCCGCGAACUUUUUUCAGUAAUAUUUGCAAACAAGAAUUUAUCCUUCUAUGUCUUUCUAGUUUUCACCUUGCUUGAUACCCUGUUAUAAACAUACCUUGCUGUCAUUCUGGAUUUCUUUCUUGCUUUACCUUUGCUUGUCUGCAUUUAUGCUUGUGUUUUGUAUCA